AUGGAAUGGGCACUAAUAGCAAGUCCACUGACGACGUCGACAAAAGCUGCACUACGUUAUGCUCUUGGAGAUGAUCAUACGUAUGAGUUUGUGCAGGGCGUUUUAAAGACGAGCAUCCAUUCUGAGAUCCAAGACUUCUUCCCACAAAGGGAAGAAUACUUUGAGUAUUUCGAUCUCAAUGAUGUUUCCAGCUGCCAAGAGGCUGUUCGUAAUCUAGAAGACUUCAUCGCCACAGAAGGUCCUUUCGACGGUGUCAUAGGGUUUUCUCAAGGAGCUGCUCUCGCAGCCGCUGUCAUGGCUCAGCGCCAAAGGAAGCAACCUCUUGAAGAGGCCGCAAACCCGGUCUUCAAAUGCGCCAUCUUUAUUAGUGCAGCUGUGGUGUUUGACCCAAUUAGUCUAGGAGAGGGCUUUCUCCGCGCACUCUCUUGGGACGUGGACGGAGAGGUGGUUCAUGUACCAACCACCCAUAUAUGGGGACAGAAGGACCCAUCGCCCUUCCCUCCGAUAUUGGCCAAACUUUGCAAUACCACUACCCGCCAGGUCUACAUACAUGACGGUGGGCACGGUAUUCCAGGCUCACACAUGGGCGAGGCCCUGGGAGAAUGCGUUCGAGUUAUAAGGAGGAGUAUUUUGACCGCGAAGCUUAGUACUGUUUAA